AUGGUUGUCGUGUGUAGAACGGGUCAUCUCUUUAAAAGUUCAAAGACUGUUACUAAAUCGCCAAAUUUGUUUUUCUCUACUUAUAGACCGCCUUACAAAAAUAGCUCUAACUUCUUGAGAAGAAACGUACUUGGCAAAGCAUCUAAUUCAUUGGUGGACAAUUUUUGUGGUUGUAGAUAUUUUGCAGUAGACUAUUUUCAGUCAAGUGACAAUAGGACAACAGUCAGCAAGUUAACUCCACAAGAGAUAGAUGAUAUACUUAGAGCUAAUGAAUACACGCACGAGUUUCCUAAAGGCCCUGUAAAAUCCUAUGAUUCUAAUCAACUAGCGUCGAACAAUCCUAUAGAAGACACAAGAUCAGAAGCUUCUUGCUUGCUGACAAAUGGUUUCUUAUUUGGUGUCUUCGAUGGACACGGUGGCAGUGCUUGUGCACAGGUCAUAGCUAAACGCCUGUAUCACUACUUGGCCGCUUGUUUAUUACCUUACGAUAAUUUAGUUACAUAUAUAAAAUCCCUUUUGGGGCCCCAGCCACAAGAACUUAUACAGAGUUAUAAUGACAAAGUUGAAUUCGUCGAUGAUAUUCGGCAGUUGUAUAGUGACAGUUUUGCCAAAUUUCUUAAAGAUCUGUCAGAAAAAGGUCCUGUUUCAAAUGCUGAAUUACAACCCGCUAUAGAACAAGCGUUUGCGAGAUUAGAUAAGGACAUUUCUGACGAAGCAAUACCUAAAGAGAAUGAACCUCUUAAUCUGAAAACGAUGUCGGUAGCUAUGUCAGGAGCAGUAGUUUGUGUAGCUCAUAUAGAUGGUCCCCAUUUACAUAUUGCAAAUGUUGGUGAUUGCUGCGCAGUAUUAGGUACCCUUUCUGAAUCAAACUCAUGGGUGGCGAACAAAUUGACAGUUGAGCACAAUACAUAUAACCAACCCGAAGUAGAUAGAAUAAUCAAAGAACAUCCUUACAACGAGGCCCUUUCUGUCAUACGAAUGGAUAGAUUAUUAGGUCAUUUGGCUCCUUUGCGAGCCAUGGGUGAUUUUAGGUUUAAAUGGAGUAAAGAAAUAAUGAAUAAUGUGAUAGCAAAACAUUUUGGUAAACAUAUAGUAAUUCCUCACUAUCAUACUCCUCCGUAUUUAUCUUCCGUGCCAGAAAUUACACAACACAGACUGACCCCAAAUGAUAAAUUUCUAAUAAUAGCUACUGAUGGAUUAUGGGACAUGAUGACUCCGUUACAAGCAGUUAGAUUAGUAGGAGAACACAUGAAAGGUAAAGUCACAUUGAACCCGUUGAAGCUUCCUAGAAAAAACAUGAAAAUGAACGAAAUCAACGAAUUGCUUCUUCAACGCAAAGAAGGUCUGAAAACUAAACCCAGAGACUCAAACGCUGCCACUCACCUUAUACGUAACGCUUUAGGAGGUACCGAAUUCGGAAUAGAUCAUAAUAAAAUCACGCAGUUGCUGACGUUACCGGACGAUGUAGUUAGGGUUUUUAGAGACGAUAUUACCGUUUCAAUUAUAUAUUUUGAUUCCGAAUAUUUAAGACACUGCACUACUUGA